CGCCCGACCUGAGAAAGCUUCAUUGCUCUUUCAGUUCUUCGCCGAGUACGUUCUUUGAUCUCUUAUUCUACGAGUUCCCGCGUCGUGCUCUAGAUCCGAAGGAACUGUAGUGUAGUUGCUCGAAUUUAUUUCAAGUUUGUGAAUUCUCAGUUUGUGAAAUGGAAUCUACACCCACACCUCUUUCGCCUCCAGCAUCACCGCAGCUCAGACAAGUCCAUCUGGAGCCAUUGCAGUCAAUAUUCAGCGUGGCUGCAAUAUUAGGAGAAAAACUCAUCAGCAAGAAGAGUUUUAAUGAAGAAAAUCUGAAGCGACCCCAAGAUGGAAAUCAUCGUCUUGAAUUGCCCCCAACUCCGCAACCGUCUGACUCGGAAGAAGACGAAUUGCCUCGCAAAAGGCGCUGCUUGGAGAAAUGCGAAUUAGCGAAGCUUCUAUUAGAUGGCACGCCACCACCGAGCCCAGAGCCUGCACGGGCCUCAGUCAUAAUGCGUGCGAAUCGCGACGGAACCUUCUGUCCCGCCAACCUGUUAUCACCCUGCAGCAGACCUCUCAUCUCUCAGUUCGAAAAGUCUUCAGCUCCAUGCCCACCGAGUCCAAAGGUACCUCCAGUGCAUCAAGAAAAUAUACUCAAGAGUCUCAAAUUCAAAAUGAGCCUAAGAAAAGAGGAAAUCAUCGUCAAUAAUAAAAACACUGAUCGUGAAGGCAGCCAGCCCAAGUUGCAGCCCUUGGCUCCAAAACCAACUCCAAUAACCAUGGUGGCAGGACUUUUGAGUUCUCCACUCGUUUUGCCCCGAACCCCUCUACUUUUCGUAACAACAUCCAGCACCCCGACAACCACUACGACUGCCUCUGUUCCGGAAUCAGCGACCCGUCGCAGAGUCUACGAAUGUGAACACCCUGGAUGUGGAAAAAAUUAUUUCAAGUCAUCCCACCUCAAGGCUCAUACCCGCACUCACACUGGAGAAAGACCCUUUCCUUGUCCUUAUGAAGACUGCGGAAGACGAUUCUCCCGUAGUGAUGAACUCUCAAGACACAAGAGAACUCACACUGGUGAGAAAAAAUUCGUUUGUACAGUUUGCCAAAGAAGAUUCAUGAGGAGUGAUCAUCUCGCGAAGCAUGUAAAACGCCACUCGAGAGAUAGAAAUUCCGGAUCAGUUAGGCUUCAGGGAGGUCUCCCUCAAGUGGCACCAGGUCAACUUAGAGUUAGUCUCCUUCCGGUUUUGACUCCGAGGAUUCAACAACAGCAAGUGCAGCUGAUGGCUUGAAAAGCCUACAUGAAAAGAAGUUGUGUUUGUGAGGAACAGAGUGGACUUCUUUAAAAUCUGAGAUCAAGUGUCAAGCUUCGAAGGAAGAUGAUGGUUCCAAGAGAUAUUUCAAAUUCUGCCUGAAAUUCAAUUUGCAUUUAUCCAUUUUACAUUUAACCUUGUCUUGGAGGUUUACGUGAGCAACCAACUACCAGCUUUUGCCAAAGUAAGGAACAUAUUUGUUUGGAUUCCAUGUUGGCAUUUGUAGUUAUUAGGAGUUGCUUGUGAUAGAAAUAAAUCUAUUGAAAGAAGGAAGAGACCAAAAUUAUAAAUAAAAAUGAAAAACCAGCAAGCUGGUAACCAUGUUUCCUGUGUUCAACGAUGCUAAUCGAGAGUCGGCGUCGACCCAGUCGAGGAAGAGGUUGAGUUCUUUUGUCUCGCUUGGCCUACUGCGCUGAUCUCUUUCACUGGUUCUUACGCUUCCGAAUUCAUCGACGUAUCUUCUAGUUAAGAGUUAGCGCUCAGGAUGGCAGCAACCUCUGCGUCAUGAGACAGUACUUAAGAAAAAUGAUAGACUUUUUGUACGGGUGAUCAAAUUGAUCAAAGUGACCGUGCGACCAACGAGUACCUAAGUGUGUCUGUGAUCAGUGAUGUUUGAAAACGGGAGAGAAAGAGUAUUUAUUGUGAAAUCGCUGCGAGAAGUAGCGCCUGUACAUAAUUCUGUAUGCAGAUACUUGUUAGAGUGAUAACAAACUGUUGAAACAAUUUAAUUAAUUAUUUGUAUAUUGUAAAUUUCAUCUGCGGGUAA